GUCAGUCGGAGCUCACCUGGACCCAUUUCCACUUCCAGUGAGGUUCUCUUCGUCCACGAAAUACCAUCCAGGGUAUCCGCGUCAAGUGACGAGAUGGACGCCGUCGAUAAUUGGGUAGACAAUUCGAUCAACCUCGAGAUAUCAUCAACGGAGGAACCGACCCUAUGUUUCGAAGAGGAUUGUGUGCUCGGUAUCGAUGAAGCCGGCAGAGGCCCCGUUCUCGGACCCAUGGUUUAUGGAACGGCCUACUGGCCACUCUCGAAGUCGAAACAUUUCGGAGAGAUGGGACUCGAUGACUCCAAAGUUCUAUCAGAAGCUGAUCGGGAAAAACUCUUUGAGCUCUACAACAAGGAGAAUGCCAUUUCUGGGUGGCACUUGGUGUGCAUCUCCCCAGUGACCAUAAGCAAAUCUAUGCUGGCGAAAGACAACCAAAGAGAGAGCUUAAACGAAUUGUCGCACAACGCUGCCAUUCAUUUGAUCCGAGUUACUCUCAGAAGAGGGGUUCGAGUAACGGAGGUCUACGUAGACACUGUCGGCCCUCCGGAGAAGUAUGAAGCGAAGCUACAAGCUUUGUUCCCUGAGAUCAAGAUUACUGUGAGCAAGAAGGCUGACUCCCUAUUCAAGUGCGUCAGUGCAGCCUCGAUCUGCGCCAAAGUUGCGAGAGACAGGGCUCUCAAAUCGUGGAGCUGGAGGGAAGGGACUACAUACGAGAAAAUCGGCUCCGGAUAUCCAGGCGACCCAGUCACCAAAAAAUUUCUACGCGACUCUUGUGAUCCGAUUUUCGGUUUCCCGUCAGUGACGAGAUUUUCGUGGUCGACGGCCGAAGACCUGCUGGCGAAGGAGCACGUCAAAGUGCAGUGGACGCUCGAAUCCAAUAAGAAGUCCAAAGGCGCCAUGGACCUUUUUGUGAAAAAAGAAGCCACACCCAAGGAAGAUGCUUUUUUCACCAAUCGAUGUAUACAACAGGUCGUCAGCCUGUAGAUUUCGGGACAAGGAUACCUCUUUCGAGCGAAUAACAGAUUGCAUCGAUCAUACCUCAGGAGAUAGGUGCAUUGAUGCGCUCGCUUCUUGAUGCAAAAUUUGUCAUCGAUGUGAUGGGCCUAGGCGAGCUCGAGAAUUCCAAUACCUAACAUGGCUGCCAUAAUUCCGGAACAUGAAGAAGUAUUGUUUCUUGUUUAUUUGUACAUGACCGUGACCGUCGAGAAUAAACAGGUUC